ACGAAGAAGAAGAAGACCGUACUUGUCCUCCUUCUUUCUGUCCGUGCAGCUGUUUCUGUCCUGUCCACGCGCGUCCAGCCCUGUUUUAAGUUCAUUGAUUUUUUAAAAGCACAUUUUUAAACAUUUAAAGAUGUCAGAAGAUCUGCGAUCGGAGCUGGAGAAAUUCCUGCAAACGCUAAACAUCCAGACGACCUGCGUGGAGCACCCGCCGGUGUUCACGGUGGAGGAGAUGAUGCCUCACCUGCAGCAGCUGAGCGGCGCCGUCUCUAAGAACCUCUUCCUGAAGGACAAGAAGAAGAAAAGCCUGUGGCUGGUGUCGGCUCGCCACGACCGCCAGGUGAACCUCAACGACCUCGCCAAGAAACUCGGCGUCGGCAGCGGCAACCUGCGCUUUGCAGACGAGGCGAUCAUGUUGGAGAAACUGAAGGUGGGUCAGGGCUGUGCCACGGCUCUCGCUCUGCUCUUCGACAAAGACCAAAGUGUGAAGUUUGUUCUGGACCGGGAUCUGGUGGAGGGCGGCCACGAGAUGGUCUACUUCCACCCCAUGACCAACGCCGCCACCAUGGGGCUGCGACCAGAUGACCUGCUGCGCUUCCUCAAAGAGACGGGACACGAGGCCGUCCUGGAGAGCUUCGAGUAGGACGGGAACUUUGACCUGAGCUGGGGUCAAGAGCUGGACCCGGGUCUGCAGGGAUCAAACUGGACAUGAAAAUAACCUGCAGAGGCAGAUAUGAACUUAUUCUGCUCCAAAGAUUUAAAAGAAAAUGAUCAAAUGCAACACAGAAGCGUGACGAGGAGCUUUUUUUAGUCACAUAAAUUCAAACACUGUAAAAUUAUGAUUUAAACACAGAAAGAAAUAACGUUUUACAGCUCUUCCAAAACUCGUUUCUGUUUUUAUGGAGUUGUCAAAAUGUUGAAGAUUUAUUUAACAGACUUUUUUAGUCAAAGACAGAGACAUUUAUUUUGGGACACUGAGCAGAAGACCACUUUCUGAUUUCUUAAUUGUUUUAUAUUUGUCAUGUUCAUGUCUCUCUGUUACUCUGUGACCUUUUCUUUAUUAAAGGAGCAGACUGUUUGGUUUUA